AUGCCGCAGAAUCUCGGGUUCCUUUUCACCAAGAUCACGCCGGAACAGAUGAUUUACAUGUGGAACGUGUUAACGGCAAUCUUUUUCACCCAAGUGCUGAUGGUGAUCGGCUACUGCGCAGCUUUGGCUUGCUUCCCGGAUUUCUGGUGGCAUCAUGCCUCGACCGUCGACCUGCUGAUCCAGGGUGAGUUCGGCUGGGACCCCGAGGAGUUCCACUACGCCCUGCAGCAGUGGGCUGGACCAUGGGGCUCGAACUGGUACAAGUACCUGCUCACCGUGCCCUUCAUCCCUGUGAUCCAUUUCUUUGGCCUGAACGAUACCGGCUCGCUCUUCGCCUUGGAGUGGUGGAUGCACUUCCCCGACCAGGGCGCAGGUGGCAAGUGCAACAAGGAGUUCUGGAGCAAGUGGGUUCCACGCCGCAUCAAGCACAACGCCUUCGUGCUCGCCCUGUGGACCUGCGUGUGGAUGCUGGGCACCUACCCUCUGGGAC